AUGGCUGUUAUCGCAAAACGUGAAUUCACCGAGCUUGCCUUGGAUGGAAGCAAUUAUUUGACAUGGGCGCUUGAUGUUGAGAUUUAUCUCACAUCAACAGAACUACAACACACCAUCAUUGAAAAUUUCCCGAGCGAUGACGCUCAGAAAGCCAAAGCCCUAAUUUUCCUCCGCCAUCACCUCAACCAUGAUCUCAAGAAUGAGUACCUCACUGAAAAAGACCCCAAUGCCCUUUGGAAAUCCCUCAAAGACCCUUUACACAAAGUUGUUUCUCAACUCAAGCUCUGUAAGCAGGACGUUUCAGAUACAGACUUGAUAGAAAAAACUUUGUCCACAUUUCAUGCUAAUAAUCUUGUACUCCAGCAGCAGUACAGGGCCAAGAAUUAUUCUAAGCAUUCAGAGCUGAUCUCGGCAUUACUGGUCGCUGAAAAGCACAACCAAUUGUUGAUGCGUAACCACAAUGCACGCCCAGCCGGCACUGCACCUAUACCUGAAAUACACAAUGUUGCCCAAUCGGACAACAAUCGGAGGGGGCGAGGUCGAGGCCGAGGAAGAGGUCGCUGUAGAGGCCCAAAGCGAGGUGGCAGCAGCGGAGCUAAUAAAACUGAUUCCCAAACCCUGAAUAAGCAGCCCGAAAACCAAGAUCGUCGAGGAAAGCAAAAUAUAUGCUAUAGGUGUGGGUGCAAAGGACACUGGUCCCGUACGUGUCGCACUCCAAAACAUUUAGUUGACGCCUAUCAAAAGAUGAUACACCCAAAUGAUGAGCAAAAGACAAACGAAUCCUCUCAAGCUACAUUGCCUGAAGCAAACGCCCUACUCAAUUUGAAUGACGACUUAUUGGGCGAAGAGCUUGUUGAUUAUGGAAACCAAGCAUGA